UUUUGAACCCCUUAUUCCUCUCCCCUCAUCUCUGAACCCUCUCUUCACCCCACUCUCCCAUCAACAGCUCUCAGCUCCCUUCUUACCCCAAUCAGGAUCUCCUCUCCGGUUCCUCCAUCAGCUACAUUAGCUUUGAGCUAAUUUAUCCUCCCUCUCUUCUAUUGCCUCUGAUCCCCCUCCCUAUACCACACUUAUUAUACCUCUGGGCCCCCUUUUCUCCUCCCUUCCAUCAUUAGCUCUGAACCCCCUAUUCCUUUACAACCAUCAUUGAUCCUGAGCCCCCUCCUCACCCCUCCAUAAGUUCUCAGCCUCUUUUCCAUUCCUUAUUAUCAGAUCUUAACCCCUUAAUUAGUUUUGAGCCCCUUUUCAGAACUUUACUUUUUCCUGUACUAAGCACUGAGCCUGAAAGACCCUAGUCCUCCCUGUUCUAGGCCUCGUCUUCUCUAACUCUGAGCCCCCUUUUUCUCACUAUCUUUAUUCCCCUCAGCUUUGAGCCAGUCCUCAGGACCCCUGAGACCCCUUUAGCUCUGAGCCCUCUUUUCAUCUUCUUCUCCCAGCUCCAAAUAGACAUUUUCUAGCCUCCUUAAACACAAAUUGCCCCUACCCUAGCUCUGAGCUUCAUGUCCCCCCCUUGCUCAGAUUAGCCUUUCCAGCUCCAAUUCCCAUUCUUCCCUUUCAACAUUGCCCCAUUUUCCAAGUCUCUCUUGCUCCUAUCCUUGCAUGGCCCUGUUCCCCCUUGGCAGAGACACAGAAGGUCAGUGUUACUUUGUGAAAGUCUAGAGAAUACUUUAGGAGUUCAUAAAUAAGCUUAAUGUUGUUUAUAACUUUCAAUAUGAUCGCUACUAUUUUGUAUUUUAUGCAUUAAAAACCAGAAAGGAUCCCUAGGUUUCCCCAGACUACCCCGUUGGUCCAGGAUACAAAAAACACUAACCCCUCCCUCCCAACCUCAAGGAGACCUUUUCUGGAAACAAAGCGUAUCUGCUUCUGCCUUGCCUCAGAAACAAAAGACAUGGACCAAAGGAAGACCCAAAGUUGAGCAUGUCAGUAAGCUCAUGGUUAAGUCAUUAGAAAGAGAUUGAAGAGGGUAGAGAGAGCAUGGUGGUGGAAACAAAAGUCCUCCAUCUAGAAUUACCCCUGUCCCCACUGUCCAUAUCUACACACACAGAACUAUAGACCCAUUUUGAAGCUCUGUGCUCAUCUGUCACCCAGUACCCUUGGGAAUUCAAAAUGGAUGCAGUUUCUUCAGCAAAGGAAAAAUAUUUGCCAGAAAUCACCAUUAUUUCAGUUACUUCCAAUCUCUGGCAUAGAAACAAUUAUUUUCAUAUCUUUUCUUCAAAGAAGAAGAUUCAGCUUGAAGUUGAGCAAAUGAGUGUAUUAUUUGAAGUUUUCAUUCUUGGUUUAGCUCGGGUCUUGGCCCCUGCCUCCAGUGUUGGACAGAUUCGAUUCUUCAUCUGUUUAGUUUUUCCAGUCUGAGGAAGGAAAGAGAAUGAGGAGAAAGGCAGUUUUGCUGGUAGUUUUGGGGACAGCUGUAUUUCUAUUGGAGUUCCUGUUUGACUUCGAAUGAAACUCGCCUCUCAUAGGCUCGGGUCUUGACAAUCUCUGAAGGGCUCGGGGUUCCGUGGCUUGGGCUGCUGGACACCUCAAUCUUGACUGUUAUAUACCUUCGAAUGUACAGGUGUUGAGCUGCAGUCAACAAGACUCGCUUCCUGGUGCUGACAUGCAUUCAGCUCCCCAAGUGAAGAUCCCAGCUAGAGAGAUGGUGUCGCUUAAUAAGAAGUCCGUGACAUUCAAGGAUGUUGCUGUGGAUUUCACCGAGGAGGAAUGGAGACGCCUGAACCCUGCUCAGAGGCAGCUGUACAGGGAUGUGAUGCUGGAGAACUACAGAAACCUAAUUUUUCUAGAUUGGGAGACUAAUCCUGAAACCAAGGAGUUGACUCCAAAACUAGACAUGUCUGUGGAAGAGUUGUCCCUGCAAAGCUUCACAAAGAUUAGUCCCCAUGACCACAGGUUGGGAGAUACCUGGGAAUAUGGUGUCAAGUUUGAGGGACAGCAGGACAAGCUAGAGAAAGAUUCCGUACAAGUAACAGUCACCCAAAGAAAAGUUCCUAAUAAACUGAGGAGCCACGAAUGUAACAAAUUUGGAAGAAGCUUUAAUUUUGGGUCAGUCCUUGUUCCACCCCAGAAAAUUCCUAUGAAAAAGAGUUUGCGUAAAUAUACUCCAUAUGGAAGAAGCCUCAAACAGUAUUCCAGCUUGAUGAAAUGUAGUAGAAUCUCCUCUGAAACUUGUAAGGGUAAUGAGUCAAGCAAAGUCUUCUGUUACUAUUCAGACUUUCAUCAAAAUCAUACAGUACAGAUGGGGAAAAAAGCUUAUAAAUAUGAAAGUGAAAAGGCAUUUAGCCAGAAUAUACACAUCACUCAGAAUCAGAGAAUUAGUCCUGGACAAAAGUCUUAUACAUGUUAUGAACCUGCUCAGGUCUUUGCCCACAACGCAUCCUUCACUACACAUCUGAAAGUCCAUAUUGGAGAGAAACCUUAUAAAUGUAAUGACUGUGGGAAAAUCUUUGGCUACAUUUCAUCCCUUAUUAAUCAUCGGAGAAUACAUACUGAAGAGAAGCCCUAUGCGUGUAAUUCCUGCGGAAAGUCUUUCAGAGAUAGGUCAUACCUUACUCAACACCAGAGAAUUCACACUGGAGAGAAACCCUAUAAGUGUGAUGAAUGUGGAAAAGUAUUUAUACGAGGUACACAUCUUACUCGACACCAGAGAAUCCACACUGGAGAGAAACCCUAUCAUUGUAAUGAAUGUGGAAAAGCCUUCAAUCAGAGCACACACCUUAUUCAGCACCAGAGAAUUCAUACUGGGGAGAAACCCUAUAAAUGUAACAUAUGUGGAAAAGCCUUCAGCCAGAGCGCUUACGUUGUUCAGCAUCAGAGACGUCACACGGGAGAGUACCCCCAUAAAUGUGACGAAUGUGGGAAAGCUUUUAGCCAAAGAUCAUCUCUCAUUGAGCAUCAGAGAAUCCAUACUGGAGAGAAACCCUGUGUGUGCAACGAAUGUGGCAGAGCAUUUAGGAGUUACCCAUCUCUUACUAAACAUCAGAGAAUUCAUACCGGAGAGAAGCCCUAUUUGUGUAAUGAAUGUGGGAAAGCCUUUAGCCGAAGUGCUUACCUUACUCAACAUCAAAGAAUUCAUACUGGAGAGAAGCCCUUUAAUUGUAUUGAAUGUGGGAAAAGCUUCAUCCGGAGUGCACACCUUAUUGAACACAAAAGAAUUCACACUGGAGAGAAACCCUAUGAAUGCAGUGUAUGUGGAAAAGCCUUCAGCAAUCGCUCAUCUGUCACUAAACAUCAAAAAAUUCACACUCAAGGAAAACACUAUGAAUGCUGUGAGUGUGGAAACACUUUUAUUAAGAAAUCAUUACUUAUUCAACAUCGAAAACUCCACCUUGGAAAGUAAUUGUAAAUACAGACUAUGGGAAAGUUUCAGCCACAGCAACCAUUAACUAUGUAUAUUCAUGAGAGAAUUCACACUGUCAGAAAUCUCCAUUGAUGAAAUGAAUAUUGGAUAGGCUUCCGAUGCAGAUAAUCAUUUGAAAAUUCAAGACUAAAGAAUAAUCGUGGGAUUCUAAAGAUUUAUGAUCUUGUUGAUGUGGGUACUUUUCCUGAUGUAGAUGUUAAUAUUGCCCUACUUUAAUACAGUUUAUAUGAUAGAAAGAACCUCGUUUAUAUAGUCAGGAUUUUGCUCAGUCAUUUUUUGUCACGUCUGCUACUUCAUGACCCCACUUGGGUUUUCUGGGAAAAAAGAAUAUGUGGGUUCAAAUCACAGUUCUUCUAUUUUCUGUUUUCAUGACCUUCAGCAAUCCCUUCCCCCCUCUGAGCCUCAGUUUCCUCACAUGAUGGGGGUGGACUAGAUGAACUCUUAAGGUUUCUUGAAGAUCUAAAUUCUGUGAUCCUAUGAAUUGUCAUGGUCAAAAACCAAAUCAUUACCUGCUGUCGAGCUUCUGGUGAUGAACCUGCUUAUGCUUAAGUAGGCUGGUCCUUGGAUUGCAAACCCAUCUUGGAUCACAUGAUUGUCCCCUACUCAAAGGAAUUCCAACUUAAUCAGAGCUGCCAAAGCUUGUGUUCCUCUGAUAUGUCUAUCCAGGGUCACCUCCACAUCGCGCUGAGUCGCCAGAGUAGGAUGUACGUGUUACCAUCCUGAUGUAUUGGGGGAGGAUUGGUGGAAGUGCAAUGGUAAUAAUACUCUGGGAGAAAUUUCACCUCAGUUGUUUGUUUUUUACUUGUAAAAAUGUUUUGAGCGGUUGUCAGGUCUCCCUUAUAAUCCCUGUGGCUUCUGUGUCAUGUCUCCACAUGUAAUGCUACUCUUAUUUCAGGCUUGUGUCGCCACUUGCUUGGACUAUUAUAAUGACUGUCUUAGCUGGUCUUCCAGCUUCCAGAGUCUUCCCUCUCCCUUCUGUUGCCAAAAACUUAUUUUCCCAUGGCUUAGAACUGAAGCUUAAGAAGCUUCGUGUCUCCUUAUUGCCCCUGAGAUCAAAUACAGAUUUACCCUGAUAUUUGUCGUCCUCGAUAUGGCUCUAACCUACUUUUCCCGCUUUACACCAGUGUUCAUUCUACUUUUUAUUUCUUCCCUUUACACACCAUAGGGACACAUAACACUUUCUAAACCUUAAUUUCUUUUUCCUGACACUCAAUACUGACUGUCUCCUAAACCUGGAAUAUACUGUUUUUCCAGCUUCUUUAAAAUUAGCUCAGGGGCAGCCACUCUGGAAAACUUCCUUGGAUCUUUUCAACUGAAAAGCCCUUCUUCCUUCCUUCCUUCCUUCUUCCUUCUUUAAAGUUCUCUAGAGCCCAGAUGGGGUCUUCCAAUUGAAUGUAGGGAUCACAAAGUGAUGAUUUAUUAUCAGUAAAUGUUUGAUUUGUAUACAUGUUUGAUGUACCUGUAUAUCUGGGGUCGUGGAAAAUGUCUUGGGUGAAAAGGGGUCACGAAUGGAAAAAGUCCUGCUCUAGAGUACUUUAUCCUUGACUAUAAAUAUCUCAUUCUACCCAAUCUCUAGCAGAAUGCAAGCUUUGAGUAUAAGAACUUUCGGGUUUUUUCCCCCUUUAACUUUUGGGUUUUUCCCCCUUUACUCUCUAGCAUCUCAGUGCCUUACACAGUGCCUUGCACAUAGUAGGUGCUUAAUAAAAUUUAGUUGAGUUAACUCAGAUAUUUUUAAAAUGGCCUUACCCCAUUUUGCUUCCCUUUUCUUAAAUUAUUAUAAUUUUAUCAUUGAAGUACUUUUAACUUGAACCAUCUAGGAAAAAGUAUGGUCUUUGGAAGGAAAUGUCGGAGCAGAGUGAAGGCCAGGGGUCUGCACCUUGGUGACUGGAAGGGGUAGAGUUUAGGAUUGAGCAUCUGGGGUAAGGGUUAGCUAGUGCCUCUCAGUACAUCCCAUGGUGCAACCUUUACCUGUGAGAGUGACCCUCGUCAAAGCCCUUGAAUUCCUACUUGAGGUGGAAGGGAUCUUGGAUUACAAGCCCACUCCUCCACGACUGACAGAUGUGAGACAAGGGUCUGGGUCUCUUAGCGAUGGCUGAUGAUGCUUUAAGGUUUCCCACUCUCACCAGCGCGCUCCCUCACACUUGGGAAGUAGAGUUCUCUAUUUGGGUCCAUUUACAGAGGAGGAAGCUGAGACAUGAGAAGGGGAGGGACUUCUGUUGGGUGACGCAGCUGCAACUGGAACAACUGAACAACCGAUGCUCCUCUCUUG